AUGGCCGAAAUUAUGGCCGAUUCGGAACUUGCCCCCAAGUUCGCGCCGUUCAUUGGCAUGGCCGGCAUCGCAGCCGCCAUGAUCUUUGGCAGCGCGGGCGCUGCAUAUGGCACAGCCAAGUCUGGCAUCGGUAUCGCCGGCGUGGGUACCUUCCGGCCGGACCUCAUCAUGAAGUGCUUGAUUCCCGUCGUCAUGUCCGGUAUUAUUGCCGUUUACGCCCUCGUUGUAGCUGUCCUGAUCGCACAAGAUCUCGGGCCGCCAGGAUCCGGCCAACAUUACAGCUUGUUCAAUGGCUUCAUGCAUCUUGCAUGCGGUCUUUCAGUCGGCCUCACCGGUCUUGCCGCGGGCUAUUGCAUUGGUAUCGUAGGCGACAAGGGCGUCCGUUCGUUCAUGCUACAGUCGAGAAUCUUUGUCGGCAUGGUUCUGAUCCUCAUUUUCGGCGAAGUCCUUGGUCUUUAUGGCCUCAUUGUUGCCCUCAUCCUCAACACCAAGAGCAAGGGCUAA